AAAUCGUGUCGCUUAACAGUAAAGACGGUUGAAGCUGUGCAAUUCAAACUGAGAAUAUUUUGAUUAACGUUUAAAAAAAAUAAAUAUUUAACAAAAUUAUAAUCGAAAUGGAAAUACAAUAAAAAAUAAAUAUAAUAUUUUGUUUUUAAAACAAGUGAAUUAAAGAAAAAAAUAAUUCUAAUAAUAUUGUGAAAAUUUUAAAUUUUCAUAAAAACCUAAAGAGAGAGUAUAAUUUGGCUUAUAAUAUCGGUCGUUUAUGGUCGGUUCAUAUUGCACUUUUAUUACUCAGUUGUACUAAGUCUUGUAUAAUAAUAAUACAGCAAACAUUUUAGUUCGUAUUGUAUUUAGUCGGCCGGGCGUAGUGUUUAUUAUUUAGUUGUGCAAAACCGUUCGCAUUUGACUUACCGUUAAAAAACAGAUUUCGUGUAACAGCUUCGCAAAAUAAAAAAAAUAUUGUCGUAGUCCUGACGUGCUGUAUUCGUAUUAGGUUUUUUCUUCAUUUUUUUCUUAAUUUACAACAAGUGGCGUUAAUUUAAAAUUAACUCAAAUAUAAAUAAUGGGAAAACUACGACAAACAAUAAACAAGUGAAAAAAGUGUUAAAUGUUGGAAAAAAGAAAAACUACCUAAAGCUAUAAGUAAAGUAAAUAUAGAAAAAAUGCAAAAUAAAUAGCCAAAAUUUAAAAGCGAAAAACAUAUAAAAAUAUGAAAACCAGAAACAAGUUAGCAAUACACUAACACAUGUGAAAGCUAAAGACAUUUGGUUAAAAAUUAUAUAUAUAUUCUAUAUGGUGUUGUAUUGUUUAUUUCUUGGCACGAAGAAAAUGUUAAAGAAUAUUCACAUAAAAUAAAUAAUACCUAAAAAAUCCCAAUAACAAAAAAGAAAGUUUUUCCCCCAAAAAUAAAAUAAAUAAAUAUACUAAAACAUAAAACACAUUUGGCAAUAAGUUAACGUUGAAUUUAAGUUUUUUUUUCGCUUGAGACUUUGUCUUACUACCACCAACUAUAAGCGACUCAAAACGUCUUCUUUUACUAUAUUGUAUAUAAUACGGGAAUAAGCCGUAAAGUGAACUUUUUGUAAGGACUUAUUCUUAACAGUAAUAGCAAUAACAACAACGACAACGGUGAGUGGUGCUGUUACUUCUGGCGACAUAAAAUACAAAUAAGAAAUUUAUUUUAAUGUCGUUUAUAUAUCAAAUACUACUACUACUACUGCAACACCUUAAAUCAACGAAAUCACAGAUACACAAUACAUACAACGACACAACAUAUACACAGUUACUGCAACUACCAACAAACUACCUGUAUAUUCUUCAAACCGACCAGUCGUCAUAGUACAAAAAAAUUGAAAAAAAAAAAGAAAAAUUUUUAAGUAAAUAACAGCAACAGCAAUACAAAGAGAAAAAAUAAAUAAAUACGUAUGUGUAUAUAACAAAAAAAAAAAAAAAUAAAUAAAUGGAAAGUUAUACAACAGAAAAAAAAUCAUGUUAGGAAAAUAGAAAGAAAUAUUCGCGUGUGUUUGUGAUAAAACUGUGUAGAUAUAACGAAAAAAAGUAUAAAGAUAUAAAGCUUGUUUCCUCCCUGUUGUUAAAAAGUUGUGAUAGUAUAUGUUAAAUAAACAACAAAAAAAAAAGAAAAGAAAUCAAAAACAAUACCCAACUCCCAAAACAUAUGCAGCUAAACACCCAUACAAAUAUACAUAAAUACGUAUGUGUGUAUGUCUGCAUCUAAUGUUGCUGAUAGUGGUAGUUGUGUGAUAUAUUAAAACCGUUUAAAUGUUGAAAAAUAACGUCAAAAUAAUACAAAUGCACAACACGUAAAAUUCAAACGAUAAAAAGUUAGCUGAAGAAUAAAAAAGAAAAUAAAAUAAAAUAAACCAAAUCAACAACAACAGAAAGCUAAGCAUUUUAAACGUUGAUUUAAAACUUAAAGGUAAAACAUACGUGCAACAUACUUAAACACAUAACAACAUAAACAUUGUUUAUAUGUAUUUGUUAUGCAACAAACAAUUCUAUUAAAGUGUUCAACGCAAUUGCCAUUUAAGUUUAAUUUCGUAAUUUGCCAUUUCUGUUGACAGAACUAAUUUUUUUUCUUUGUUUUAAACCAAAGUGUUUUCCUUACGUUUACUAAACCAUCAAUAUGGCUUUACUUAACUGCUUUACGAGUUGUUCAAAUUUCCUGCGCUUGGGAUUUUUACUGCUUACGUUAAUAAUGGAAAAUACACAAGCCCGAAUAGGAUAUUUUUGGCAUAUAACAGAUCUACACUUAGAUACAAUAUAUUCAACGCAGGGAGAUGUAAUGCGCAGUUGUUGGCACAUUGAAAGACAACCACCCAGUUCGUCCACACAUUCACCAGGUCGUUAUGGUGAUUACCUCUGUGAUAGUCCUUGGAGUCUAAUUGAGUCGGCUGCCAAAGCAAUGAAAUCACGGCAGGGUGAUAAUGUGGAAUUUGUGCUGUGGACGGGAGAUGGUUUAUCUCACUCAGCACAUCCAAUGUCUGAAAUGAAAAAAUUGGAAAUCCUGCGCAACAUUACUGAUUUGCUUGGUCGAACAUUUUCAUCGCAAUUUGUAUUUCCGGUAUUAGGACAUGAGGAUGGUACAACAACGAAUUUCCGGCACAUGGGCGAACUGUGGCGACAUUGGCUGCCAACUGAAGCAUUGCAUACAUUUGAAAAAGGUGGCUACUAUUCCAUUGAACAAACUAAAAGUCGUCUUCGUAUUAUAGCAUUGAAUACAAAUUUCAUGCGGCAUGAUCCAAAAUAUUCCCAAAGUCAUUUGGCAGCCGUAAGACAACGUAUGCCUUCAAAUACAAUGAACGGUGGCGGCAAUAUGGGUAGUGCUGGGGGCAUGGGUUCAGAUUCAACUGAAUAUAAAAACUACUAUUAUCAUCACAACAAUAUGCAUCAACAUCACGGACAUGCCAGUGAUUGGUCAUCAUCGGGACAUGGUUAUGGUUAUAAUAGUCAUCAUCGUGGCAUAAAUGUUAUGCCUGGGGGAAUGCAUUAUAACAUGAAUGGUUUGGAUGGUGGUGGACGUGUCAGUGCAUUGUCUGAAUUUGAAAAUCAAGAUACAGAAAAACAAUGGAUUUGGCUGGAAGAUGUUUUAUCUAAAUCAAAAGCUAACAAAGAAACGGUGUAUAUUGUGGGUCAUAUACCACCCGGCUCCGAUGAAAGACAUAUUGGUUUACAGCAAAAUGGUCAUACAACUUUUACGGAAUCCAACAAUAAACGUUAUUUGGAAUUAGUGCGCAAAUAUUCAUCAAUUAUUCAGGGUCAAUUUUUCGGUCAUUUACAUUCAGAUUCAUUUCGUAUAAUCUAUGAUGAUAAGGGUAAGUAAAGAACAAUAUUUGUUUUAUCUUUGGCAACAACUAAGGUUAAAACAAUU